UUUCUACAUAUAGGUAAGCCUACCUGAGAGCUCUCAACAACAGAGAUAAUGACCCAUAGGAAGUCCCAAGCUUUGAAAGUAAGAGGACGCGCCUUUAAAGACCAUGAACCGUUCAGACAUUGCAGUCCUGGAUCACUUCUUACAGACAGGGCUAUCAAACCAAGAGUUACACCUGGUACAGUCGGUGCGGCGGCAACUGGAAAUCAAGAAACAAGAAGCCGGAAAGUUGGGAGCGACCCUAUGGCAUCCUUGGGCGAAGAGAACAAUUCUCUGGAAAAGUUUAAUGCUCUGCAAAAGAAACACCUGCAGCUCAAAGGUAUUCUAAAAGAAAAGGAGACAUCGAUAUCAAGAUUAACUAAAAUAAUAAAAGACCAGGCUACUGAGUAUAGAACAGCAAUAGAAUUGGAAAAAGAACACCAGAAAGAGACUGAAAGGCGACUGGAAGAAUCAGAACAUUUAGUUAAGGAGCAGAGCCAGUUGCUCGAUGAAACUGUAGCACAUUACACAAAAAUAAUUCAGGAACAAGAAACACAGCAUGCAGAGCUGGUGCUUGAAAUGAAAAAACAGAGUGAGGCUGAUAUAAGGCGCAGAGAAGAAAAUAUUCUCAAGAUAAAGCAAUAUAUUUCUGGUACCUUCCAAGAAAAAUCCCGGGAACAUCAGCAACAGACAGAUGAACUCAGGAGAGAAAUAAAUAAAUUCAUGGAGAAAUCACACAUUCUCAAAACAAAACUUGAAAAAGAACUGAAUGCAAAAAAGAGGGACUGCAAAUCGAAAGAGAUCAGUCCAUAGUCAUGCAAGCAACUUGGGUCAGGUGUGUAUGCUUGUUCCAAGGCUUAUUUCCCAGGAUGGCCACUCCUAGGAGCUACGAGGCAAGAUCUUGAGAGAUGCCAUAUUUGCACUCAACCAGCGAAGAAUCUGAAGUGCCCUUGGAUUUCCAUGUUGCGUAAACUGUCUUGUAUGAGGUGCACAAGUGGUGUCUCUGUUUACCUAAUCUUGUUUAUGGGUUGUUACAUACAGGGAUUUUUUGCUUCCUGUGCUAAUUGCUGUUUUAUUAUGAUGGCAAUUUAAUGUAUCUUGUGGUUGUUGUUUUUAUAUUGCUUGUUAUUUUUGUGGCUGUAAGCCACCUUGGAUUCCUUUUUGAAAACUGGCAG